CAAUGGCUCCUCCUUGAAAGUUUUUUUCUUCGUUUUCCAGUGUAGUGCGUUCAUUGAUUUCAUACCAAAGUCAUACUUAACAUUCCACUUACACUGUCAAACCAGGAGAAAUAUUACUGAAAACUAUAAGGCGCCAAAAAAAUAUAUAGUAUAAAAAUAAGUAAGUUAUCUUCGCUUUUGUCAGGAGGGGUGACUUCAAAAAAAAGCUGCUUGGAUCCUGAUCACUUUCCUCCUAACUUGUUCUCCAGAAGAAUCAAGUCUUUACAUACCCGAGGAUUGACAGACAGAAAAAGGCAAAUUGGAGGAAUACAUAACUCGAUAUUUUACGCGCUGUUUUACUGCACCCCAUAGAUCCUCUGACUGUGGGGCUCGUCGUCGGGCCCAGGGGGAGCCGCCACCAUUGCUUCCAACGAGUGGAGUGCCAACGGUAGCCCGGAGGAUGGGCUGGAAGAGGGGAACGAUGAGCUGGACAAGGCUAUGGACGGGGACGCCGAGGGGGUGUGGAGCCCAGACAUAGAGCAGAGCUUCCAGGAGGCCCUGGCCAUCUACCCUCCCUGUGGACGGAGGAAGAUCAUCCUCUCAGACGAAGGCAAGAUGUAUGGUCGCAAUGAGUUGAUAGCUAGGUACAUCAAGCUGAGGACAGGCAAAACCCGGACCAGAAAACAGGUUUCUAGCCAUUUGCAGGUUCUCGCCCGGAGAAAAUCUCGCGAGAUCCAGUCAAAGCUGAAGGACCAGGCAUCUAAAGACAAGGCCCUCCAGAACAUGGCAGCAUUGUCGUCUGCUCAGAUCGUGUCUCCGAGCCUGAUCAAGAGCCAGCUACCCCCACUGCCCCACUCUCCCUACCCCCCGCAAGCCAGGUUUUGGCCAGGCCCUAUCCCAGGACAACCCGGCCCCUCUCAGGAUAUCAAACCUUUUGCACCGUCUCCAUACACAACUCUACCAGGCCCUCCCCCUCCCCCUAUAUCAAACUAUGAGCCGUUGGCCCCCCUCCCCCCGGCUGCUACGGCGGUGCCCGUGUGGCAGGACCGGACCAUCGCCUCCUCCAAGCUGCGGAUGCUUGAGUACUCUGCUUUCAUGGAGGUGCAGAGGGACCCUGACAACUACAGCAAACACCUGUUUGUCCACAUUGGCCAGACCAACCCGUCCUACAGUGACCCUCUGCUGGAGGCAGUGGACAUCAGGCAGAUCUACGACAAGUUCCCAGAGAAGAAGGGCGGACUCAAAGAGCUUUAUGAGAAAGGCCCACAGAACGCCUUUUUCCUAGUCAAAUUUUGGGCGGAUCUUAACAGCAGUGGCAUGCAGGACGGCCCAGGCUCCUUCUAUGGAGUCAGCAGCCAGUACAGCAGCUCUGAGAACAUGACCAUCACCGUCUCCACCAAAGUCUGCUCCUUCGGCAAACAGGUGGUCGAGAAAGUAGAGACGGAGUAUGCCCGGAUGGAGGGAGGGAAGUGUGUCUACAGGAUCCAUCGCUCUCCCAUGUGCGAGUACAUGAUCAACUUCAUCCACAAGCUCAAACACCUGCCAGAAAAAUACAUGAUGAACAGUGUUCUGGAAAACUUCACUAUACUUCAGGUGGUGACAGACCGUGACACUCAGGAGACCUUGUUGUGUAUAGCGUUUGUGUUCGAGGUCUCAACGAGUGAACACGGGGCACAGUACCACGUCUACAGACUCGUAAAAGACUGACCCACCCACCGCUCUACCACGUCUACAGGCUCGUCGAAGACUGACCCACCCACCAUUCUGCAGGGAGGUUUGGGAAUCAGCUGACGAAGCACUGCGUGACAAUAUGUACAGUACAGACUGCUCAACUGCCAAGUAACAUUCAAAACGACGUUAGAAUGAACUGACAUGAAAACAUUUUAAACUUCCACACAUUUAUGUGAAAUAGGAAAAAGGAAGAAGUCUGUCAAAAUACAAGAAAGGAAAUUAUAAUUCAUUGUUUUGUUUUAAAGGCAACUUUUUAACCCAUAUAGUUAAAUAUGCUGAGACAAGUGGGUCAAAUUGGUAAUGACAGUAAAUGUACAGUAGGUUGAGAUUCACUGAGGGCAUGAGAAAGUGAACAAGGUUAAGAGCGUUGUCUCCAAGGGAACACACUCUAAGCAAUAUAAGAAGAAGUGGAUAGAUUGGAAAGGUACAGGUACAACAACCAUGGAAGAAGAGCAAACACAAAAUAAUCCAAAUGUAGAAGGGUCCUACCAAGGGUUGUUUAUAAAUUAGAUAGGAUGGCAACCAAGUGCCUUUCUCCAAAGACAUGUAUUGAUCAGUUGCCAGCCACUCUGGAAUGCCUUAUUUACUACCUCUUGUCUUUAAAUAAACAGAAAGAAACCGGACAGAUGUAAAUGCAUCAUUGAAUAGGAGAAUAGGAAACUGAACAUGACUAUGCAGUUCAUCCUUUCUCAUCUAGAUCCUUGAAGCGCACUUCUGAUCCAGCAAUAUUAUAUUAUGGAUUAAACUAUUACUCAUUUUUCUCGUGAUGUGUUAUCAUGAAUGGUUACAAGUUUAACUGCAGUCCAAGUGUACAGCAAGGGCAUAGCAUGAUCAGAUCACUCAGUUUCCAAUCCCUGGGCUUUUACGGGUCUCUAGACAACAACACAUCAAUGUGCUGUGGUGCACUUAAAAGAUCAAGAAGGGGUGAAGCAACAAAUAUGUUUAUUUUCAGCCGUUAGUUAUGUUAUUGAAAUUAACCGUUUCUGUACUGGGAGUCAAUGGAGGCUACAGGAAUAUGUGUUACAUAGGAUUCUUUUGGGGACGUGUUUAUAUUUGUGAUUAACAUUAACACUGUUUUCUUAAAAACAUGGCUUGAGAAUCAAAUCAAAUUAAGCUGUAUUUGUCACGUGCGCCGAAUACAACAGGUGUAGACCUUACUGUGAAAUGUUCACUAGAUUAGAAUUUGCCAAAUUGGAACUGACCAAAUUUUACAGUGAGUUUUAACUAAUUUAAGAACUCAUGGUAUUCUAAUCCAAUCUCCCCAUUCAAGAGAUCCCAAUUGAUGCAUAUCACUUUCAAUCUGGCAAGGCGGCAGGUAGCCUAGUGGUUAAGGGCGUUGAGCCAGUAACCGCAAGUUUGCUGGUUUGAAUUCCUGAGCCGGCACGGUGGAAGAAUCUGCUGUUUUGCCGAUGAUGUUGCUUAAGGCAGCCCCCCCACACCUCUCUGAUUCAGAGGGGUUGGGUUAAAUGUGGAAGACACAUUUCGGUUGAAUGCAUUCAGUUGUACAACUGACUACGUAUGCCCUUUCCCUAACCCUACAUGGUGUAAAAUAAGUUUCUCUUUCCUAAAUUGAAUUAAUAAAAACAAAAGCUAUCUCUUAUUUUAUGAGCAAACCUUCAAGAAAUGAAUCUUAAUUUGCCAAUGCCAUCAGCCAAUGAAAAACAGAUUUUAUGUUUUGAAAGAGAGCUAUCUUCUGUGCUGUGGUGUUUGACCAUUGAUUGUUAUUUAUAUUGAAAAGAAUGGUGGGAGGGCAGGGCUGGGCUGGGAUAUGGGCCAUGUGUUUAUCCUUUGCCAUUGAAAUGGUGGUGUUACAAGUAUUGCUGAGCUGAACUUUAUACUAAAGACACAAUAACUGUCAUCCACUAGCUAGGGGAUGGGUCUCUGCCUUGGACGGUUCACUGGACUUCUGUCAUAAGAAUUCAUACAUCAGACUUUGUAUGGUGGAUUUAGUACACCAGGCUUUGAAUGUCACACUUCAAGAGCUAGACUUAAAACAACUGCUAAAUCUUUACUAGUGGAUUUCUCAAUUUUAUCUUUUUUUACAGGCCCAUGUUUUUUAUUAUCAUUAUCAUAAUUAAUUGUUUUCUGUUCGUUUUUGUGACUUUCAGCAGCCGUUGAAAACGUGUGUUUUUGUUGACAUUGAUGAUGAGAUACUGUGUCUUAUGUAUCAUAAUCUGAAUGGUAUGGGCAAGUUUGUUUGGUUAAAAGGUGGUUUAUUGUGGCCUUGGUUACCAAUUGUGCAUUGCAUUUUAGUAUUUUCUGUUAUCUUCAAACUAAGGUGGUUGUAUUAUAUAAUCAAAUCAAAAUGUAUAAUCUAACAAUAAAAGACGCAUGGUGCCUUUGGGGCCAUUUUCCCCUGAAAACUCAUUAAAACAGGUUUGUUCAUUUGA